CGUGUAUGACAAACACGAAGUUGUGAAUCCUUCGAACCUAGAGACCUUCAGAUACGUCUUGUAUAUCGAAGGUUGGUGCACCAUUGCAUGCGUGUAAGACGUCUCAACUCGAAAGUCCUUCCUCAACUUUUAUGUUUUAGCCUCCGUCAAAUCCUGCUGUUCGAUAUCUUCCGCCACCAGGCAAAAGCAAGGUCAGUGGCUGCAUGUAAGACGUCAAGGCUGGUUGCCUUCAUCCUUAUAUCUCUUGCCGAUCCAGGACUAGCGGAACCUGCAAUGCUGUGCAGCAACCAAACCAACAGGUCGAGGAUGUCGCUGGCUCGCUUCUCCGUUGACACGGCGAUCUAAGCCUUGCGGUUGGGCAACCGUCAGCCUUCCGACCUCACACGAACUACGAAGCCCUGAACGAGGGGGAUAGUUUAAUGCUUCCAGAACGUUACCCAACACGGUAACCCCAUCAUCAAGGAUAA